UGUGUGUGUGUGUGCGUGGGUGUGUGUGUGUGUUUUUUGGGUGUGGUGUUUACUACCUAACCUACUUCCCCAUCAAAAAUGUGCUUCAAAAAUCUGUAGUCAGCUACAUCUUCUCACUCCCUGACUCACUCAGCAUCCCCACCAGCAGCCAGAGCAGAGCUCCCAUGGUUAGAGUGUGGUGAUAGCCUGUCUGAUCGCAGGAGUUUCACACUAAUUCCCGUGCAGCUCGUACCAGCUCGGUUCCGCCUGUUCCCACUCCACAGCCUUCAUCCUGACCAGCCCAGCCGCUACUAUGGACAUCUUCUCCUCCUCUUGCCCCCACUUGUACCACUUACCCAGCUACCCCAGCAACACCACCACAUCAAACGAUACCACCACGGCCAACGAGAUCAACCAUGUGAUCCUGCGGCAUUACAACCACACCGGCCGCCUGCAGAACAGAACCGUCUCAAACACCCAGAACCACAUCAGUGCCUCCGUGGCCGUCUUCCUCUUCGUCAGUAUUUUCAUCAUCCUGGAGAACCUCCUGGUGCUGGUGGCCGUCAUCUCCCGCAUCCGCAACAGCCGGCGCUGGGUUUACAUCUGCAUCGCCAACAUCACGCUCAGUGACCUCCUCACCGGUGCUGCCUACCUGCUCAACAUCUGCAUGUCUGGCAGGCAGACGUUUCGCCUCAGCCCUGCUCUGUGGCUCUUCAGGGAAGGGAUGGUGUUUGUGGCCUUGGCAGCAUCCAUAUUCAGCUUGUUGCUGAUUGCCGUGGAGCGUUACACCACCAUGAUGAAGCCACUGCCCCAGAAGUCAGCCAGGAAGUCCUAUAGGAUCUACGGCUUGGUGGUGCUCUGCUGGGUUUUGGCGCUGGUGAUUGGUUUCCUCCCCUUGCUGGGCUGGAACUGUGUGUGCAGCCUGGACGAAUGCUCCACCCUCCUCCCUCUCUACUCUAAGAGCUACAUCUUUUUCACUCUCCUCAUCUUCUUCAUCAUCCUCCUGGCUAUUGGCGUGCUAUAUGGUAAAAUCUUCUGCCACGUACACAAGAGUGCACAGCAGGGCCCCCCGCGCGGUCGCAAACGCACUUCUGAUCUGCUUAAAACUGUGAUCACCAUUGUUGUGGCCUUUAUAGUCUGCUGGGGGCCUCUGUUCCUGCUCUUACUGGUGGAUUUCUUCUGUAAAUCCCGCAAGUGUGCAGUGCUGUUCAGCGCUGACUUUUGCAUCUCUGUGGCUGUCCUCAACUCUGCCCUGAACCCCGUAAUCUACGCACUAGGCAGCAGCGACAUGAGGAAGGCUAUCUGUAAGCUGCUGUGCUGCUGCUGCCCGAAGGCCUGCCUCUGUCACCCAGACACGUCCGCAUCCAAGGAGACGAGCAGCACCUCAGGGAGCCGGAGAGACAGUUUGAGGAACAGUUUUAACAAGGUCAGGAAUCUGAGCGUGGCCUCCCCGCCGUCAACACCGAGCAAGACUCGCAGGGCACCCAAAAAAUACAGGCUGAGCUCCACCACCAGCUGCCUCUCGGUUUCAAGCGGUUAAACCACAAAGUGCUCCCCUCCCAAGCAAAGACCUGUGUGUUCACUGAUACACAUCUAACCGUUUCCUGGUUUGAAUGUUCAAUGCUUUGCCUGCAGGCACUUGCACUGAUACUUACACACUGUCAGAAAACCUGUUAAAAAUAUGAAUUCAUCUUGAAGUUUGCAAUGAUAAGCAGUUUUUUGUUUUGCAUUAGAGUACUAGACAUGCCUUUUAUCCAAUGCAUUUGACACACUUUAUUGAUCUGUUGUUGCACUGUACUUGUUUGUAUUACCCAGUCAAGAAUAAAAUGUGAAUUUUUUAUAGAAGUAUUAUUAAGUAUUAUUUACUAGAAUAACAUGGAAAUGUAUAAUGUGCAGAAUGGAAAAAUGUGUAUAUACUGUAUGUGUUGUAACAUUUUUUGUAAGCUGGAUGUUUUACUGUAUGAUGAAAAUAUAAAUAAAGUUUAUUUUGCUUUA